AUGGCUCAAGCUGCAAGGGUUGCGCAACUUGAAGCGACGGUAGAGCGGCCGGAACGUCUUUUGGAGACGGAUGCUGCGGAGCCUCCUAGUGUGUAUGCUAUGGUGGCUGGUUUGGCCCAGAGGGUCGAAGAGUUGGAAAGACGGGCGGACGCGAUUGCUGCCCAGUCGGUUGAAGGGUUGCGGGCAGAUUUGAACGUCGUGCAACGUGGCCUUGACGAGAGGGCGACAAGGCUGGAGUUUGAGGAAAACUCGGGUGCUAUUGAAGCGCUGCAAACUGAUGUUGCCUUGCUGAAACGGGCAAUGUCAGGUGCCUUGGACAUGGCCUGGGAAGUGAAGAGGCAGGUGACGAAUGCGGCAGAGGCUGCGACGGCUUUGGACAAUGCAUGCUGGUCAAGCCAGGAAAUGCUGUGUGAUGGGUGCAGCGAAUGUUGCCGGGUUGGUGCAACGGCUUGGGUGGAGGAUGUCUAUGCGGUGGGCAAGCGGGCUGCACGUGUUGUAGCCAGUUGCUGGGUGUGCAACAAAUGCUGGGUGGCGUCGGGUGCGUUGGUGCGCACGAGUUUGGUUGAACGGUGGGCUGGAGUUCCCACAGGGCUGCAGGGCAAAUGUAGUCGUGGUGCUUGCAAGCAUCGGGUGCGUUGGAGCAUCGACUUGGCAUUUGACGAGGGCAUCAAACGUUCAAGUGGGGGAGAUUGGCUGCGUGGGGGAGCUGGUCGUGGAUGGGGUCGUGCUGGUGGUCAUGGCAGCAAUAGGGGCAAUUCGGUUCUUGGUGCUGCUCCUUUGGUUCCUCCGGCUGCAGCCAACACCUUGACUGAUGAUUUUUCUUCGUUUGAUUUGUGGCAUCGAUGCCUGGGACAUCUGUCUUCUAAGGUUUUAGAGAUGCUUCCUCCCGUUGGUUCUCAGAAGUCUAGUAUUGAACACCAAUUUGGCAAGUUGGUCAAAACUGUUCGUAGUGAUAAUGCUACUGGCUACCUCAUUAAUCGUACUCCAUUUGCUAUUUUGAAUGGAAAAACUCCAUUUCAGGUUGUGCCUGAUUCUUUUUCCUCAGGGAAACGCGCCAUUGGGUGCAAAUGGGUUUUUAAGAUCAAAUUGAGGCUUGAUUAUAAUGACACUUUUGCGCAUGUCGCCAAAAUAACGACGUAUCGCUGCCUGGUCGGUCGUCUGAUUUAUCUUGCUGUUAUACGCCCUGAGCUUUCUUACUCUGUUCAUAUCUUGUCUCAGUUUAUGCAGAAGUCCAUACAAGCUCAUUGGGAUGCAGCUCUUCGGGUGGUCCGGUAUUUGAAGGGUUCUCCUGGUCAGGGUAUUUUUCUUCGUGCAGACUUCUUCUAUGAGGGUACGAAACACAUUGAAGUAGACUGUCAUUUUCUUGCUGACAGUUUCACCAAAUCCUUAGGAAAGCAGCAAUUUGAUUAUUUUCUUGGCAAGUUGGGCAUUCGGAAUCCGCAUUGUUACGGCAAACUGGAUCAGUCGUUUCACGAGUCGCGGCCUCCCGGUGUGGGCCCUCUCUAA